GUGAUUCGUUAGUUUGGAACGCAAACGGUAGAAACUGUUUUUAUUUUUUGGUGAAAGAUUUUCUGCUUUUUCUGUAAAAAACAUAAUCAACCAGCCCCCUGCCAAACAAAAGUCAAGCGUAAUGAGAAAAAGCGUAAGUAAUGAUGAAGGCUGAUCCCUGGGUUGGCACCUGGAGGCCCCACAAGCCAAGAGGUCCUAUAGCUGCCCUCUAUGGUAGCCCGGGGCCCAAGUAUGCACUGCCUGGACUCACAGGUGUGUCUCAGCACGACCCUACUAAAUACAAAGCCCCAGUGUUCAGCUUUGGGAUGCGUCGUAAGGAGGUCAAUAAUAACUUUUCCCCUGGGCCAAGAUACCUGAUUCCCACCAACAUGACCAGAGAGGGCCUGAGCAACCAGCCUGCAUUUUCACUCCAUGGCCGUCCAAAGGAGCCCAAGUUCUUCGAGCCUCCUGGACCAGGUCAAUAUUCCCCAGAGCACUCAGCAAAGUGGAUCUACCGCUCUGCGCCUGCUUAUUCACUGUUAGCCAGGCACAAGGAAUUAGGUGGCAACAAAACACCAGGUCCUGCGACCUAUUCUCUGCCUCCCGUGAUAGGGAUGAACACUGCGGUUGCAUCUUCUGCUCCCUGCUUCUCAAUACGUGGCCGCAACAAAAUCGGAACCUUCUACGACGACCAAAGCAAGACUCCUGGCCCUGCUGCCUAUAAAGUUGUGGACCCCAGUAUUUAUGGGCAGAAGCCUCCUCAAUUCAGCAUGACAGGCCGCAACUUCACUCCCGGUGAAACCACAGCGAAACCAGGACCAGGAGCAUACAACCCUGAGCAAGUAAACCUCACAAAAACCAAAGCCCCGAGUUUUACCUUUGGAUUGCGUCAUUCUGAGUACAUCCUACCAGUCCCUGGGAAUGUUGAGGAAUAGUGUCCUCUGUCAUCUCUUAAUUUAACUGGAAAUGACCACAGAAGUUUUUCAAUAAAGCAUAAAAUACAAACUG